AUGAGAGUAUGUACCCUAGAAAAAGAAUUGUCUGAAAAAAACCACGUCAUUACCUCCCUAUCCACACAGCUCGGCGACAGAGAGCAGCAAGGUCGCUUGAAUAAUUUGGAGAUUACCGGAAUCCCGUUCAAGAGAAGCGAAAACCUCAAUACUAUCCUAAACUGCAUCGCAACUAAGGUUGGAUUCAUAAUAUCACCUUCUGAUGUCGACUAUAUUCACAGAGUCAGGCGAUAUCCUCGUAAUGAUGAUAAUAAGAAAACCAUACUUGGUCGAGAAUCAUCUGACAUCCCGAAUAUCAUAGUACGAUUUACUCAAAGAAAAAGAAAAUCCGACAUGUUGGCGGCAGUGCGCGUGCGCCGCGACCUGACUACAGCUGACUUAGGCCUGGACGGCGCCUCAAGACCGGUUUUUAUUAAUGACCAUCUGGCACCACAUAAUAAAAUCUUAUUUGGAAAAGCGCGUAAACUAGGUAAAGAACUCCAUUAUAAGUAUAUUUGGUCACGGGAUUGUAAAAUGUUUUUGCGCAAAUCGGAUACAUCUAAAAUAAUACAAAUAUCCAAUGAACACGAUUUAAACAAAAUAUGA